AUGGUUCGCCCACCAGUCUUGCUAAUUGACCCUCAGAACCCGGUGUACCAAGCCUCUCAAGAUAUCUGCAACUCGCAGAGCUUUCCACCCGCUCGCCGAAGCCUCACGACACAGCUCGAAAACAACUCAUCGAUUGAGCCAACAUUCACAACUAUGUCACCGUUUCCCAUUUCGUCUCCAGGCUACGACGGGCCGAAGUCGUUGAGCUUCUCCAAGUACGCGAGUCCUGGUCAGAGGACACAACUAGCUGCAGCCUCAGCUGUCCCUAUGACUGCUAUACCUUCUUCAGAGACCACCAUCGCAACCAAGCAGCAAAUCGCCGCCACAGGAGUCGCCGCAGAGAUGACGCCUCCGGCUGCCGAGCUGGCUGUACAACAGGGCGCCAAGUUGAAGAAGCAAGUCGAAGACCACGCUGCUAAGUUUGCCAAUGCGGUGUCCAGCACUGCCACAAACACACGCCAGCUGCUUGCCCUCCUCCGCGAGUCAGUCCCUGGCUCUGAAGCAGUCGAUGAUCUCUGGAAAGAACUUGAGCAGCUCUUCGAAGCUGCAAAUGACGCCAAGGCCGCUUUGCCGACCUUUCUGGAGAAGCAGCGUGACAGCAUGAGCCUCUACCACUCGUCAAUGAUGAACGAGACCAUCUGCGAGACUCAACAAGAGCUGAAACUUCAGCACAAGAAGAUCAACACGCAGCACAGCCUAAUCCUUGAGCAGCAGGACGCUUUCCAGCAAUAUAAAGAGCAGACCAACUCAAAGGUGAAGGAGCUUGAGAGUCUUCAAGAACGCGUGUCACGUCUCACACUUGAGAAGGGUAACUUCCGCACUGAGGUGGACAAGUACAAGGGGCUGUUGGAGCAAGAGGUAGCAAAGAAAGCUGAAGAUUUCAAGACCGCUAAUGCGUUGCAAAAGGAGCUCGAAAUCUUAGUGUCCUCAAAUAAGCAGCUGCAGGUGGAGAAUGAGACCCUCCGGAAGACGACCACCGAUAUGCUUGAUCAGUUGAAGGGUUCCGAGCAGCGUGUGACCGCUCGAUUUACAAAAGAGCUUAAGAUCAAGGCAGAGGAGUUGGAGAAAGAGACAGUCAAGGCAGCUUCGCUCGGCACUCUGGUUAACACCCUGAAGAUUGGAGAGGGUUCUGUCAAGAAUGAGCUCGAAAAGGUCAAGACCGAGAACCGGCUUCUCAGCGUCAAGUACAACAACCUAGCUUCGGAGCAUGCAGCAACUUUUACGAAAGUGAACGAACAGACAAAGAAGAUCCAGACACUCAUCGCUGACGGCGACCGGCUGCUGAAGCAGAACACUGACAUGCAGACCAAGUUGGAGAAGGCUACUGGGCUUGCGAAGACAAGCGCAGAGCUUUCAAAGAUCAAGGAGGAUCUGUCCAAGCAAGUGGAAAAUCUCGUCGUGCAGCUGGAUGAAGCCAAGGAUGAAGUAAAGAAGGGUAAUGUGCAACUGCUCAAGGCCAAACAAGCCACCAAGGAUGACGUACCUGCUGCUGGUAAUGUUAGAGCUCUUUUGGAGAAGGUCAAAAGGCUAGAGGAGAAGAAGGAGGAUUUGGAGGCCGCUCUCUCAGAGUGGACCGAGUUGGCAAAGCGCUCCUACAAGGAAUACAAGGACAUGCUCCCUACAUACAGGGCUGCCGAGGAAUACCGCCAGGAUGCUCACGAAAAGGAGGCACAGGUUCAUGAGCUCAAGCUCCAGCUUGCUGCUGCGAAAGCUUCUCAGUCCAACGGAGUCGGUGCUGGUGGUGGUGAUGCUACCUACUGGAAGCAGAAGUAUGAGUCACUUUUGUCGACCAUUGGCUGA